UUUUUAGUGUUCGUGAACGAGAAAGGAAAUAUUAUUGCUGAUAAAGGGGUUGAAAUAGCACUUGCCUAUAUAAAAAAUAGUGCUAAACUUGGAGUAGAGGUAGAUUUGACCUCGAUAUCCAGCAAUAGGACGGAUGCUAUUGAAUUACUAGAGCUAUUGUGCAAAACGUACGACGAUAUGAUUAAAGAUUCGAAACCUCCCCACUUAGUACUAGACACAACAAAAACAGGUUUAUCAUCAGAAACGGUAAAAUCAGUAUCAGCAGCUCUUGGUCUACCAACCAUUACUGCUUCAUACGGCCAAGAAAGAGAUCUGAUCAAGUGGAGGAAUAUCGAUGAGGAAGAACAGAAAUAUUUAAUCCAGAUCAACCCUCCCACAGAUAUAAUUCCACAAAUAAUCAGGGAUAUUGUCGAAAGGCAGAAUAUUACGAAUGCCGCUAUUAUGUACGAUUCUUAUUUUGUAAUGGGUCAUAAAUAUAAAACUUUGCUACAAAAUAUUGCAACUCGAAAUAUUAUCACCGCCAUCGACAAAAACAAGAUAGAUAUUCAAAUACAGAAACUGUCGAGAAUGGAUCUUGUGAACUUCUUCGUACUUGGUAGUUUAGACACGAUAAGGGAUGUUUUAACAGAGGCUUCGAAAAAUUCCCUCCUCAGAAAAACGUAUGCUUGGCAUGUUAUUACUGCUGAUGAGGGAAAUAUAACAUGCGACUGCAGGGAAGGGAGAGUUCUCUUCAUCAGACCAAUACCAGAGCCGACUUUCGAGAAAAGAAUGACUGAGAUCAAAGAAAUCUAUCAUUUUGAUAUGGCUCCUAUGAUAACAGCCAUCUUUUAUUUCGACUUAGCCUUGAAAUCUUUUCUGACAAUAGGAUCAAUGCUUCGAAAAGGACAAUGGCCAGAAAGCAUGAAGGAAUACAUAUCAUGUGAUGAUUUUAAUGGUACAAAUACACCCAAACGUGCAGAUUUAGAUUUAUUAACUGCUUUCAGGAAGGAACAUACCGAAUCUCCAGGCUAUGGUCCCUUCGUGAUAAUUUCUAAUGGAAGAAGUUCGAUACAGUUCCUAAUGGAGUUAUUUGUUGCGACUUUCAGAGAGAAUAAGAUGGAGAGCUUGGAAUCUAUUGGAACAUGGGAUGCUGGAUUCGACAGCAACCUAACCCUGUCAAAACCUGAAAUGAUGGAUAAUUUCACAUCGGCUCAAAUUUACAGAGUAGUUGUAGUAGAACAAAAACCCUUCAUUUUCAAAGACCCAAAUCAUCCCAAAGGCUACAACGGUUACUGCAUGGAGAUGAUGGACAUGAUAGCCCAACUACUUGGUUUCGAUUACGUGGUACAAAUGGCCUCAGGUAAUGCUUUCGGCCAAAUGGACGACCAAGGAAAAUGGAACGGCUUGGUGAAAGACAUAAUGGAGAAAAAAGCUGACAUCGGCUUGGGUUCGAUUUCCAUAAUGGCAGAAAGAGAAAGCGUCAUCGACUUUACUGUACCUUACUACGACCUUGUAGGCUACUCCAUCAUGAUGAAAUCCUCAUAUGUACCACCGUCGCUCUUCAAAUUUCUCAGCGUCUUGGAGGACGAAGUUUGGAUCUGUAUCCUGGCGGCUUAUUUCAUAACGAGUGUUCUGUUAUGGAUAUUCGAUAGAUACAGCCCUUACAGUUACCAGAAUAACAUGGAGAAAUAUAAGGAUGACGAAGAAAAACGCAUAUUCAGUUUGAGGGAAAGUUUAUGGUUUUGUAUGACGUCGUUGACCCCUCAAGGAGGGGGGGAAGCUCCCAAAAACCUAUCAGGUCGUUUGGUGGCUGCAACUUGGUGGCUCUUUGGCUUCAUAAUUAUCGCAUCAUACACCGCAAAUCUGGCAGCCUUCCUGACUGUUUCCAGACUGGAAACACCUAUAGAAUCUCUGGACGAUCUUGCUAAGCAGUAUAAGGUCAAUUAUGCGCCGGUCAAUGGAUCCGCAACCAUGAUUUAUUUCAAAAGGAUGGCCGCAAUCGAGGAAAAAUUUUAUGAAAUAUGGAAGGACAUGAGCUUAAAUGACAGCUUGAGCGAAAUAGAAAGGUCCAAACUAGCUGUUUGGGAUUAUCCAGUCAGUGAUAGGUACACCAAGAUUUGGCAAGCGAUGCAAGAAACUGGUUUUCCAUCCUCCCUUGAUGAGGCUAUAGCUAAAGUGAGGUUGUCGAAGUCAGCAACUGAUGGUUUUGCCUUCAUCGGGGAUGCUACGGAUGUGAAAUACUUCCAGUUGAUAACAUGCGAUUUGGUGUCUGUUGGUGAAGAAUUUUCGAGAAAGCCUUACGCUCUGGCAUUGCAGCAAGGUUCGCCACUGAAGGAGAAACUGAAUACAGCGAUUUUACAGUUGGUAAACCAAAGAAAACUAGAGGAACUUCGAUUGAAGUGGUGGGAUAACAACCCUGAGGCACAAAAAUGUCCAAAACCGGAGGAUCCUUCAGACGGAAUCAGUGUUGCCAAUAUUGGAGGAGUAUUCAUUGUAAUUUUGGUCGGUAUUGGUCUAGCGAUUGUGAUUUUAUGUAUUGAAUAUUAUUUUUAUACCAAACAUAAGCACGGUAAAGUUGAAUUGAUUAGGGGAAUACCAAGGUCUCCUAGACAGGGGUUGGAAGUAAUAGAUAGAAGUCGAAUGACAUUAGGAAAUAGGAUGAACAUGCCAAUUGAGGAAAACCAUAUGUAUCCACCCGGUAAAUGAAUCAAAAAUCUUCGUUGACUAAAGGAGAAUUUGAAAUAUUUUCCGU